AUGGCAGCAUAUUUUCCAUGGUCCGAUGGUACCACCAACAGCAAGGGUACCACCAACAGCAAAGGUACCUACCACCAACAGCAAAGGUACCUACCACCAACACCAAAGAUACCACCAACAGCAAAGGUACCACCAACAGCAAGGGUACCACCAACAGCAAAGGUAUCACCAACAGCAAGGGUACCACCAACAGUAAAGGUACCAUCAACAUCAAAAGUACCACCAACAUCAAAAGUACCACCAACAGCAAAGGUACCACCGACAGCAAAAGUACCACCAACAGCAAAGGUACCACCAACAGCAAAGGUACCACCAACAGUAAAGGUACCAUCAACAUCAAAAGUACCACUAACAGCAAAAGUACCACCAACAGCAAGGGUACCUACCACCAACAGCAAAGGUACCACCAACAGCAAAUGUACCACCAACAGCAAAGGUACCACCAACAGCAAAGGUAUCAACAACAGCAAAGGUACCACCAACAGCAAAGGUACCACCAACAGCAAAG